GCUCGGGGCGGUCGCGAGCUGAACGGCACCGCCGCCCGGGCGCCCGGCGGCGCGGAGGCGGGGGGCCGGCGGGGUCAGCCCGCGGCGGCGGCGGCGGCCAGCGCGGCCGUCACCUACGAGACGUGCUGGGGCUACUACGACGUGAGCGGCCAGUACGACAAGGAGUUCGAGUGCAACAACAGCGAGAGCGGUUAUCUGUACUGCUGCGGCACCUGCUACUACCGAUUCUGCUGCAAGAAGCGCCACGAGAAGCUGGACCAGCGCCAGUGCACCAACUACCAGAGCCCCGUGUGGGUGCAGACGCCCAGCACCAAGGUGGUGUCGCCGGGGCCCGAGAACAAGUACGACCCGGAGAAGGACAAGACCAACUUCACGGUCUACAUCACCUGCGGGGUCGUCGCCUUCGUCAUCGUGGCCGGUGUUUUUGCCAAGGUCUCCUACGACAAGGCCCACCGCCCUCCGCGGGAGAUGAACAUCCACAGGGCUCUGGCCGACAUCUUAAGACAACAGGGACCAAUCCCCAUAGCACACUGUGAAAGAGAAACUAUCUCGGCUAUCAAUACCUCUCCCAAAGAGAACACACCGGUCAGAUCGUCCUCCAAGAACCAUUACACCCCCGUGCGCACGGCCAAGCCGACUCCAGGACAUUAUGGGAAGGAUGCUUACCGAAGUGGAGGACCCGAUCUCCAUAACUUCAUCUCCUCUGGAUUUGUCACGUUAGGAAGAGGACACACGAAGGGUGAUCAUCAGUAUAACCAUCCGAUUUUAAGCAGUGCUGCCCAGACCCCUACACAUGAGAAGCCACGGAUGAACAACAUCCUGACAUCGGCCACCGAGCCCUAUGACCUCUCCUUCUCCCGCUCCUUCCAGAACUUGGCCCACCUGCCCCCAUCCUAUGAGUCUGCAGUGAAGACCCACCCUAGCAAGUACUCAUCCUUGAAGAGGCUAACUGACAAAGAGGCUGACGAGUAUUACAUGAGGAGGCGGCACCUGCCGGACCUGGCUGCCCGCGGCACCCUCCCCCUCAACGUCAUCCAGAUGUCCCAACAGAAGCCCUUACCUCGAGAGCGACCCCGCCGGCCCAUCCGGGCCAUGUCCCAGGACAGGGUUCUGUCCCCGGAGCGGGGCCUGCCCGACGACUUCGGCUUGCCCUACGACCGCAUCCUGUCCGACGAGCAGCUGCUGUCCACCGAGCGCCUGCACUCCCAGGACCCGCUGCUGUCCCCGGAGCGGACGGCCUUCCCUGAGCAGUCCCUGUCGCGGGCCAUCUCGCACACGGACGUCUUUGUGUCCACGCCCGUGCUGGAUCGGUACCGCAUGACCAAGAUGCACUCCCAUCCCAGUGCCUCCAGCAACUCCUAUGCCACUCUGGGCAAGAGCCAGACGGCCGCCAAGCGUCAGGCCUUCGCGUCCCGCAGACACAACACGGUGGAACAGCUGCACUACAUCCCCGGCCACCACACCUGCUACACAGCCAGCAAGACGGAAGUGACCGUGUGA